UGAUUUCGUUGGAGACCGUGGAUAGGAAAUUGUGUUUAUUUCUGAAACCCCUCCCUUCACGAUGAUGAAGUCACACGUCAUUGGUCAAUAUUUUUACGCAGACGGUGCUGUGAAGAGAAAGGCUGCGCUUUGUCUUGUUCUUGUGGACGGAAAUAUAUUUUCUGUGGACUAAUGAUCGACUGGAUUCAGUACUUUUCCUGCAUCAAAGAUGUAUCUUAGACAAGAAAAGGAAUAUGUGUGGAUUUCCUUUGUUGCGGUGUUUUGUCUUUGUGGCUGUUCGGCGUCGCAGAUCUCUUACUCCGUUAAUGAAGAGAUGAACAAAGGCACCGUGAUCGGAAAUAUUGCCAAGGAUUUAAACAUCAAUGUACACGAACUGGAGACCAGGAAUCUACGUAUCGUUUCCAGUGACAGUAAGAAAUAUUUUGAUGUGAACUUGCAGACGUGGAAUAUUUUUGUUUCUGAGAGAAUAGACAGAGAGGAGCUUUGUCCGAACGCGGCCAAAUGCUCCGUGAGAAUCCAGGCUGUUUUAAACAAUCCCAUGAAUGUGCACCGCAUCGAAGUGAACGUGGUGGACAUAAAUGAUAAUUCACCUGCAUUUCCCGAGGACAAGAUUUACAUGAAUAUUUCUGAAUUGUCGUCAGUGGGUGAGAGAUAUCUCCUUCCAGUGGCCGUGGACGCAGAUACAGGCAGCAACGUGGUGCGGAGCUACAAACUGAGCCAAAACGAAUAUUUUUCACUCGAUGUGCAAACCAGCGGAGGACACGGUGUGUCUGCUGAGUUAGUGCUGCAGAAAGCUUUAGACAGAGAGAAACAGGGCAUAGUUCCACUCCUGCUAACAGCUGUGGAUGGAGGAAAACCUCCGCGAUCAGGAUCAUUACAAAUAAUUAUUAAUGUCAUGGAUACAAAUGACAAUAUACCCACUUUUAAUAAAUCUCUUUAUAAAGUGCGCAUCAAAGAAAACGCAUCUCCUGGAACACUGGUCAUAAAGUUAAAUGCAAAGGAUUUAGACGACGGAAUAAACUGUAAAAUAUCAUAUUCUUUUAGUCAACAUGGUAACAUCGACCUAUCACGUAAAUUCAGUAUAAACAGUGACACAGGAGAAAUUUCUAUAAAGGAUACUUUAGAUUAUGAGGAGACACCUGCUUAUGAAAUUCGUGUUAAAGCUACAGAUGAAGGCCAACCACCCCGCAGUGGGCACGCUAAAGUUUUGAUCGAGGUAAUUGAUGUAAAUGACAACGCCCCUGAAAUACAUGUGACGUCACUUAUGACCCCUGUCAAAGAAGAUGCAGAACUGGGUGCAAUUGUUGCUUUUAUUACUGUGUAUGACAAAGAUGGAGGAAAUAACGGCAUGACGAACUGUAAUGUUAUUGGUUCUGUUCCAUUUAAACUUAAAUCUAACUUCAAAAAUGAAUAUUCGUUGGUAGUUGACGGACCACUGGACAGAGAAAUAAUAUCUUCUUACAAUGUUACCAUUUCAGCGACAGAUGAAGGAAACCCGCCUCUGUCCAUUGUCAAAGAUAUUAGAGUUAAUAUUUCUGAUGUCAAUGAUAACGUACCUCAUUUUGUGGAGCCUGUAAUUAAUGUUUAUGUGAAAGAAAACAGUCAAACAGGCUCCGUUAUUUACACAAUACAUGCCUUCGAUCCAGACUCAGAUGGAAAUGCAAAAUUAGUUUAUGCAUUGUUCGACAGUUAUCCAAGAAAAUUUCAUGUGAAAUCUGCAGUAAACAUCAACUCAGAGACUGGAGAUAUAACCAGUUUACAGUCUUUUAACUUUGAGGAGUUAAAAACGUUCCAGUUUAAAGUUCAGGCCACAGACUCUGGUGUUCCUCCACUCAGCAGCAACGUGACUGUGAACGUUUUUAUCCUGGAUGAAAACGAUAAUAAUCCCUCCAUUCUUGCUCCUUAUUCCGAUCACGGCUCUGUGAACAGUGAGAACAUUCCAUAUUCUGCAGAAGUGGGAUAUUUUGUAGGAAAGAUCAGGGCUGUAGAUGCAGAUUCUGGAUACAAUGCACUGCUUUCUUAUCACCUCUCAGAGCCCAAAGGGAACAACCUGUUCCGGAUCGGAACCAGCAACGGAGAAAUAAGGACGAAAAGGAGAAUGAGUGACAAUGACCUGAAAAGUCACCCAUUGGUGGUGCUGGUUUGUGAUCAUGGAGAACCCUCUCUGUCAGCUACUGUGUCUAUUGAUGUAGUGGUGGUUGAAAGGACAGCAGACAUCCAGACUCAGUUCAGACAUGUGCCGAUAAAGGAGGACAGCUUCUCUGUUUUAAACCUCUAUCUGCUGAUCGCCAUUGUGUCGGUGUCAGUGAUCUUUCUGCUGAGCCUCAUCAGCUUAAUAGCUGACAAAUGCCACAGGACAGAUGGCAGUUUCAGCAGGUACAGUGCCCCAAUGAUCACCACCCACCCUGAUGGGAGCUGGUCUUACUCUAAAUCUACUCAGCAGUAUGACGUGUGUUUCAGCUCAGACACACUGAAGAGUGACAUCAUGGUUUUCCCCACUCCAUUUCCACCUGUGGAUGGAGAACUGAUCAGUAUAAAUGGAAGUGACACUUUACCCAAUACUGAGAAGGUAGGAUAA